UGGGCGCCGCCGCUGCAGCCCGCCGAAGUUUGCCGGUGCCCCGGAGCGAGCCCAGCUGAGAGAGGAAGCCUCCCCAAGCCUCCCGCCUCUCCGCACGGAGAAGAUGGAACAUGUCUCCAAUUCUUCAGCGUUCCAUUCCACCUUGUCUGAAGGAGAAGACCUGAUUUUUGGAACACUGUAUUCGCUUUUUGGUGUAGUAUCUCUCUUUGGAAACUCUCUCCUCCUCCUGGUAGCCUACCGGAAGAGAGCCAUCCUGAAACCUGCUGAAUUCUUCAUUGUGAAUCUUGCCAUCAGCGAUGUGGGCAUGACUGUGAUCCUUUUCCCCUUGGCCACACCAUCCUUCUUUGCACACAGGUGGCUGUUCAACCAUGCCAUGUGCACCUUCUAUGCCUUUUGCGGAGUUCUCUUUGGCCUGUGCAGUCUCACCAGCCUAACAGCGCUAAGCACCGUUUGCUGCAUGAAGGUCUGUUAUCCAGCAUAUGGCAAUAAGUUCUCUUCCACUUAUGCCGCGGCACUGCUAGCGUGUGUCUGGGCUUAUGCCCUCAUUUUUGCAGUGGCUCCUCUAGCUAACUGGGGCAGUUAUGGACCAGAGCCGUACGGGACCGCUUGCUGCAUCAAGUGGAAAGCAUCAACCAGAGAAGCAAAGUUCUACAUCAUGGCUCUCUUUGUCUUCUGCUAUAUCAUCCCUUGUGUCUUGAUCCUCAUCUCUUACUCACUCAUCCUUUGGACUGUCAAAGUGUCCAGAAGAGCAGUAAAGCAGCACAUGUCACCCCGGAGCAAGACCAACACUGUCCACAGUCUGAUUGUCAAGCUCAGCAUUUCUGUCUGCAUUGGGUUUCUGGCUGCUUGGACCCCUUACGCCAUUGUUGCCUUAUGGGCAACCUUUGGAGAUGUCCACCGGGUGCCAGUCCUGGCUUUCGCCCUGUCCUCCAUCUUUGCCAAGUCCUCUGCGACCUACAACCCGCUGGUGUACCUGCUGUUCAAACCUAACUUCCAGAAGUUCAUUUCCAAAGACCUGUCACUGUUGCACGCCAUCUGCACGGUCUUCUGCUGCAGCCGGCCGAGGGUCGUCGCCCUGCGGUCUUUCCACACGCGAGACGGCAGGGCUUCCGUGAGGCUCUCCGCUCCUUUCACCGAACACCGCGGGUCCUGCAGGAAUUGCUCCGACACUUUCGAAUGUUUCCGUAACUAUCCCCGGUGCUACAGGCUGUCGCCAAAGGCCGACACGACAUCCAAGACUAGCCCACUGGCGAUUCUGUCGGGCAGAAGAGCUUGCCGGCCGAGUCUGAAAAGAACCAUGCAGGUCAUGGUCCUCGUGACGCGGAAGAAGACGGGGAUGGGGACUGUGAAUGUGGCAGGCGAUGUUCUGCCUGCCAAUAUUGUGAAAGACCUUAUGUGAGCAUGGCGAGAGGCAAGGGCUUACAGGCAGGGGUCGGCCCCUUUCUGCCUAAUCCAAUGGGAAUGUUUUACUACAGUUUCAAAAUCCAUCAUUUCCCCAUAUGCACGGUGGUUCCCAAAGGUGCUUUGCAGGUUAAAGGAUACUGCAAAUCUGACACCAGCAUUUAUCAACCUGUCUUCAGUCUUCAAAAAAAAAACAGUUGUAAUUUUGCACCAACAAUUUUACGCCUGUUUUUUUUUAAAAGAAUACCAGCUAAAAUCACUUCUCUACCUGGAUUAUCAGGUUUUGUUUUUGUUUUGGCCAUGAUUGUCAUUACAGUCGUUACAGUCUCGCAGUGGCGAAUCAGCUUGCCCGGCUCAAAUGCUGCCAUCCUAUGCAGAUUGCUUUGCUCUUUGCAUUAGCCGCAAAGCCAGCGGGCAGUCAACCCACAGCUGCUGCCAUUAAAGGGGAGGCACCGUUGCUCACAGGGUUACGUUCUGAAUCUGGUCAGACUGUGUGAGCAGUAGUGCACAUGGUUGCUCGUUGUUCCUCAUCAGAUGGGUGCAACUGAGCUGCUCUGUGAGGUGGAUCGAUUGACCAUCCAGUGUUUGGCCAACCCAUGCAAUCAGGGCAGCAGAUAGGUACAACUGCUAAUGCAGUCGUAGUACUGGUACCCAGAGGCAUAGCAAGGGGGGAAAGAGCCCGGUGCACUGGUGCGUCCUCCACCCUCCAAAACGCACGUCUGGUGCGUCGCACCUCCCGUCCCCUUGGAGCUACGCCUCUGCUGGUAUCUGCAGCUGUGUCACUGCCAGACUGUUCUUUGCCCCAUCAUCCUUGGGAACAAUACAAUAUAGUUCCCCCCUGUGCCCGUUCUGGUAGGUACAGACACAGACAUCAUUCUUUAAAUUACUCGUUGGUUUUGUCCAUUUUCUUUUCCUCUAAUAGUUAAAAGUAAUCAUGGUGCUAAUCACGGUGCUAAAAACAACCAAGGUGCUAAACCAACCAAGGUGCUACACCAACCUGUCUCCAACAGUUGCGUAAAGAUAUUGAAAUCGUACAGGUUCCACUUCUAUACCUGGGGACAACGUCACCGGUCUACCUCACACAAUAGGCACAUGGAGGCAGAACACCUUAAUGUCUAGCGCACUUGGAGGUUUCAUGACCUUCAGUAUUACUGCAUACAUCAACCCAUCAGUAUUUAGGAAAGCAACAACCUAUGGCCUAGAUCACACAGUUCCAGAGCGAAAAGUGACAGUCCAUUGACAUUCUACACCAGAGUGUCUUUUAUUGCCGCCCAAAGGCACAGAAGAUUCUGGACUCCAAGGAAACAGCCUCCGUUCUGGCUGGAGUGUAGUUAUACAAGUCUGGGUCUUAUACUACUAGCUCACUCAUCAUUUUUCACAUUAACAGAAGGCAGGACAUUCCCUAGUACAAAGGGGCCAAUGCUGGAAGACAACAGAGAAGUUAUUGAAGACAGGGAUUGCAAGGACCCCCGAAGCCAAUGAGAUUCCACUAGCAUUCUAACGAAUAACUUUCUCAAAGAAGAACCGUGGAAUAGCUACUCUGAGCUGGCUAGAACCAUCAAGCAGACAAAUUUUUUAUUACAGCUUUGCCUGAAUUGAUCUUUCUGGCUUAGGCCCAGCAGUCUCCAAUUUCUUAAACUCCAUCAUCUGAAAGAUAAAGGGUGGUCCAACAUAAAAAACACAUAUUGGAAGAUACGAUAAACAAACAGAACAAUGCCUAGCAGUUCUUCUCAGUAAAGAAAGCACAAUGCUUUCAGUAUAUACAGUGAUCCUAAAAGAUUAUGCACAUACAAGGAGAUAAAAUACAGGUUUCCAGGCUACAGGGAAGAUAGCGUGGAAAAGAAUGUUCACUUCCUGCAAUAAAUUGGAAGAGGAAUGGAGGCAUGUGGCACGCACUUAGCCAUUCAGUCAGCGAUCGGAAUUAUGUGAUCCAAAUGGGGGGAACCAGAAAAGAAAUUGAAUUCGGUGCCCUCCGGAAAUAUUGAAACAGCAUAUGGAAAAAUAGCAAGAAAACUGCAGGCAACCUAAACGAAUGAAGCACAGACGUUCUGGCGGAAACGAAAGACACAGUGCGCAAGGAGUGAGAAGAUGUUACCGAGCUAAACAUUAUAGAGGGACAUAAUUAAAACCCAAGGUUAAUGUUCAUCAGACCUUCAGAUCUGUCCCACACAGCAAUUGUGGACCUAGGAAAUUCUGCCUAGGAAUCAUUUUCCUGGCAUUGUCUUCAUUUAGCACGAGAUCGUGUGUUAAGGACACUGAUUCCCCUGUAUCUCAGCUUCCUGGUUUGUAAAAUGAAUAACUGAGCUUGGCCAAAUUCGCUUAAAGAGAGAGAUCGUGAGAGCGUUCCUAAAAUAGAUUGGAUACAAAAGGCUGUCAUAGUGAUUAGAAUGGCAAAGCCCCUAGAGGGCUUCCAUACACAAACAUUUACAAAUUAAAAACAUAUCCCUUAAUACGUGGUGAUGGAAAAUGCCAUCCAGUCGCAGCCCACUCGUGGCAACUCUGGAAGAAUUGGAAGGCAAGAGAUGUUCAGAGGUAGUUUGUCAUUGCCUGCCUCUACAUAGCAACCCUGGACUUCCUUAGUGGGCUCUCAUCCAAGUACAAACCAGGGCUGACCUUGCUUAGCUUCUGAUAUGAGCUGAACCUGGGCUUAAUAGAGCAAAACAUUUACUGAAUGUGAUCUGCCCCUCACUCAACUAAUGGCAACACCUUUCUCAUGUCCUCCAACACAAGAGCCAGCAGGAGAGGAACUUGCUUCAGAAAAGCGUCCCGAACACCAGAAGAAAGUUAGCUGAGUGAACAAACAAGAUAGAACCCUAUGUUCAAAAUGCUGGCGAAAUUCAGAAGAAAUGUCUUCUAGAGCCAGCAAGCCAGCGUGGUGUAGUAGUGGUCGAGAAUGGCAGACUCUAGAAUCUAGGUUUGUUUCCCUACUCCUCCAUGUGAAGCCUGCUGGGUAACUUCA